AUGGUCGCCGUCUCCUUUGGGGCAGCCUUCCGAGAGACCCUCGAAGGCUCCGGCAAUCCACAGGACGAAUUUGAAAAACUCGAAUUCGAGGAAGCCUAUUGGCCAGAGCUUUAUACAACCCGGGGACCUGAGGACGACGAAAUCUAUCAGCCGUUCAUCGGACCAUGGGACUAUGAAACCGACCUCCCAGAACUUCAUGAAACACAGGGGCCGGAAGACAACGAGGUCUAUCAGCCUUUUCCAGGACCAUGUUUCCCCUGA